GGGAGGAGGAGAGAGACACAUUUGCUGUCAGCUAACUUCCACAAUAGGUCGCUGCGUCGCUGGACUGCUGCUGCAUGUGUGUUUUUAUUUUUUAUUUUCUAUUUUAAGCUUAACAGUUUGACUCCAGCCCUUCCAGCCGUGGCCCAAUGCUGAGGAAUGGAUAGCGUGUCUGCAAAAGGUGGGAAGAUGGUCGAGAGUGAUGAGCAGCCGGAGAGGGACAGCAGCGGCGGCGGCGGCGGCGGCGGCGGCGGCGGUGGCGCAGCGAUGGCCGCACUACAUCAAUGCGAACUCAUCCAGAAUAUGAUUGAAAUCUCCAUCCCCAGUUUACAGGGGCUACGGACCAAAUGCGCCGCGUCCAACGACCUCACGCAGCAAGAAAUACGCACUUUGGAGGUGAAGCUGAUGAAAUACAUCUGUAAACAGCUGCAGUGCAAGCAGAAAGUGCCAGAGACGGAGAGGCCCGAGGCCCUGGACAGCUACCCCGCACCUACGAGACGCUUCCGCACCAUCAACCUGCGACCGGAGCUCAUUGAGUUUGUGUACUCAGUCCCCGCUCACAUGUGCAUGAGGAAUACUGACCAGUGA